AUGAAUAUGAAGAACGGUUCUUCUAAGAGCAGCAAGAAGAAGAGGCUGACACAAGAGCAAGUAAGGCUUCUGGAGGAGAGUUUCAACGGCAACAACCGACUCGAACCGGACCGGAAACUCCAGCUGGCACACGAACUCGACAUCCCUCCGCGCCAAAUCGCCAUCUGGUACCAGAACAAGCGCGCUCGGUGGAAGAAUCAGAGCCUGGAGCUCGACUACACGGCGGUUCACAUGCGGCUCGAAGCCGCGCUGGCUCACAAAAGACAACUAGAGAAAGAGGUCCAGCGGCUUCGAGCCGAGCUACAAAAGUACUCAGAAUUUCAGAUUUCGACGAAACAACACGUACAAAUGUUACAACCGCAACCGCAACCUCAUCGUCAGCUCGUUUCAGUGUCGUCGAUUUCGAGUAAUUGUGAUGAGGUGGGGAGUUCGAGUCUGCAUGAUGAUCAGGUCAAUUGUUCUUGGAUGAAUGAGGAUGAUCAGGCUGCUUUGCGAGUGGAGGAAUUUUAUGCUUGUUUGAUGGGCACAAAUGGAAUUAACUCGAAUAUUGAAUUUAACUCGAAUGUGUAA